CAACAAUGGCAGUAGUAGUGAAGCUUCUCUACUUGUGCAUGCCUUGCCUCCUCGCAGCCCUCCUUUCCUGCCUCUCUACCUCCUCGGCGGUCGCUAGCUCGACCCUGCUGGUUUCCAUUGGCCUCCUCUGCCUGACGCGCCGGCCGCGUCCGGUCUACCUGGUGGACUUCGCCUGCGUCAAGCCGAGCGAGGACUACGCGGCGACGCGCGGCCGGAUCAUGGCUCAGUUCACCAGCGCCGGCGAGUUUACCGACGAGACGGUGGCGUUCCAGCGGCGGAUGCUGGAGCGGUGCGGCAUCGGCGACGCGGCCUACAUCCCGGCGUCGCUGCUGAGCCGGCCCGUCGAGAUGACCUUCCGGACGGCGCGCGAGGAGGCCGAGGCGGUCGUCUUCCCGGCGGUCGACGAGGUGCUCCGCAAGACCGGGCUGGCGGCGCGGGAUGUCGACAUCGUGGUGACCAACUGCAGCGUCUACACCCCGACGCCGUCGUACGCCGCCAUGAUCGUCAACCGCUACAAGAUGCGGAGCGACGUCGUCAGCUACAACUUGGCCGGGAUGGGCUGCAGCGCCGGCCUGAUCGCCAUUGAUCUCGUCAAGCAUCUCCUUCAGGUGCACCCGAAUAGCUGCGCGCUGGUGGUGAGCACCGAGAACAUAACGCUGAACGCCUACUUGGGCAACAACCGCUCCAUGCUCGUGACCAACAGUCUCUUCCGGAUGGGCGCCGCCGCCAUCGUCCUCUCCAACCGCCACUGCGACCGCCGCCGCGCCCACUACCAGCUCCUCCACGCCGUCCGCACCCACCGCGGCGCCGACGACCGCAGCUACUCCUGCGUCACGCAGGCCGAGGACGGGGAGGGGAAGCUCGGCGUCGCCCUCUCCAAGGACCUCAUGGCCGUCGCCGGCGCCGCCCUCAAGGUCAACAUCUCCACGCUGGGCCCGCUCGUCCUCCCCUUCUCCGAGCAGCUCCUCUUCCUCGCCGCCUUGGUGCUCAAGAAGGUCUUCAAGGCCCGCUCCGCCGCCGCCGGCUACGUGCCGGACUUCAAGACGGCCUUCGAGCACUUCUGCGUGCACGCCGGCGGCCGCGCGGUGCUGGAGGAGCUGGAGAAGAGCCUGCGGCUGUCGCCGUGGCACAUGGAGCCGUCGAGGAUGACGCUGUACCGCUUCGGGAACACCUCGAGCAGCUCGUUGUGGUACGAGCUGGCCUACUGCGAGGCCAAGGGCCGGAUCCGGUGCGGCGACCGGGUUUGGCAGAUCGCGUUCGGCUCCGGCUUCAAGUGCAACAGCGCCGUGUGGCGAUCUCUGAAAACGAUCGAAACCGCCGACCAGGCCAAAAGCAAUCCGUGGCGGGACGAGAUCAGCAAGUUCCCCGUCCACGUGCCCAAAGAGGCGCCGCUGGCGCCGUAAUUUCGGAAUGUAUAAUAUAUAUACGAUAUAUGCAUAUGUUUCAGUCGAGCACCAUUUUUAGUUAAUUGAAUUACUGUCAAAGCGCUCCAAGAUGAUCGAUUUCGCUUGAAUUACAGUUAUAUAUAUACCAAUCAAUGGGCACAAAAGAUUAUAUAAUUGUCGGGAAAUUAUUGAUUGAUUUGACGGCGAACUUAGAUCUUUCGUGUUGGAUACGUAACCGUUCUUACUGGUGCGAUUGCGGAGGGAGAUG